CCUGGGGGUCAUCUUCCUCCCGGGGAGGAGCACCUUCCUCCCAAGGAGGGUCACCUUUCUAGCGUUGCUCUGUGCUCUGAGGGUGUCUGGGACCUGUAGGGCGGGGAAAGGAGGGGAGGAGAGAAUGUGACAUACCAGAUCAGUAAGCCAGGGAGAGGUAGGGAGGGCGGAAGUGAAAGGGGGGAGAAUCUGGAACAAAUGGGGGUACACAGAGAUGUGCGUGGUGGUGGGGCACCUGUGCACGUCGGGUCAUCAGGGGGUCACAAACUAUUUUCCCAGCGAAAAAGUCAGACUAGGAAGACUGAGCACGCCACUAGAUGGGCAAAGCUGGGCUGAACAAAGGACCAGACUUGGUAUUCUUCCCUGCCUUGAUACGCUCUGGGUCGCGAGUCUCCCUCUUUUACCUGUGCAGGAAAUGACAAAUAUGAAGAAUUCUGAGAAACUCCAGAAGAUAUAAAGCCUGGAUAGUGAUUUACACAAUAACAUAAACAAAGACAAUGUUGAAAGACUUCAGAACUCUGAUUAAUGCACUUUCCAAGAAGUGAUGGACAAUGGAAAAAGCAUGAGGCAAUCAUUUUCAGGGCAAAGCAAGUGGGGUUGAUGGCCAAGGGGUGGAGUUAGAGAAAUCAAAGUGAUCCCCAUGAUUCCCGGACUUGGGCCAAGACAGUGUCUGUUUGUUCAUCCGCUUCCUGAUUUCGGAGUUCAUGAACAUGGUGAUUGGUGCCUUUAUUGGUGAUGGCAAGAUCAAGAAUAUAACCAUCAGGACAGCGAUGUAGCACAGUGGAUACAGUGCCAGGUUGGGAGAUGGGAGAGUUUUCAAGAGGUUAAAUCACUUAACCAAGGUCACAGAGUCCUCAUGUCAGAAGGAGAAUUUGAAUCCAGAUCAUCCUAACUUGGAUGCCUCUAUCCACUAUAGCACAUUGCCUCUCAGGAUCAUAAAAUACAUUAAAUAGGGGCAGCUGGGUGGCUCAGUGGUUGGAGAGCCAGGCUUAGAGAUGGGAGGUCCUGGGUUCAAAUUUGACCUCAGAAACUUCCCAGCUGUGUGACCCUGGGCAAGUCACUUGACCCCCAUUGCCUAGCCCUUACUACUCUUCUGCCUUGGAACCAAUAUACAGUAUUGAUUCUAAGAUGGAAGGUAAAGGGUUUUAAGAUAAAAGAAAAUAAAAUGCAUUGAAUAAGCUUUUGUUGAAGGGAAAAAAUUUAGUUUGCUCUUGACUCAGAUCCCUGGACUCAGCCCCAAGCCCCUUCCUUACUCCAUCAGCCAGCCCUGGCUCAGUGUUAGCCCCAUUGGGUGGAGUCUAGAACCCCUGCUCAGAGGCCAUGUUGCUCCACAUGCUGCCAAUCUGGGACCUUGCUCCUCCCCGAGCCCUGAGCCUGCUUGUUCUUUGAACCCUCCGUUAUUAUUUUCCUUUAUAUCCUGGCACAAUAAACUAAUCUCUGAAACAGCCCUAUUGGAGGAUAGGUCCUAGGAGGCUGGCAUUUGGAGCUCCCCCGGAAAACUCCGUGGAUCUUUGUUCCUUGGCCCCUCCCAGCACCCAAGAGCUCAUCUGUCUCUUCCUUCUGCCCUCCCUGGCUACUGUCUCUGUCUGUCCUCGAGCAGUUUUCCCCAACUCCUUGCCAAGGCCUGGACAUCCAUGCUUUCCUCAAGGCCUCCCUGUGACUCGGUGCCUAGCAGGGGCCCCGAGAACCAAAGUAAGCAGGUCCAGUGGGCUUCUGUCAUUCAGAGGAGCACCUCCGUGGAGGGGCACUCAAAGCCCCAGCUGGAUUCUUCCAAAGCCCCAGGUCCAGGGAAGGCCCGAAGACCAAGCCGGUUGACAGUGAAGUAUGACCGAGGGCAGCUGCAGACGUGGCUGGAGACGGAGGAGUGGGUGGAUGCCCAGCUACAGGAGCUGUACCAGGAGCGAGCGAUGCCCUCGGUGCCCGAGUUUGACCUAGAAGACUUCAUUGAACUUUCCUCUGAAGAACAGAAAAGCAAACUGCAGGCGAUCCUCCAAGAGUGUCCGAGCCACACAGAGCCCUUUAUCACGGAGCUGCUCCAUCGUCUCAAGAAACUCCGGAGGCUCAGCCGGCCUCAGAAAUGAAGGCUCCCAUGCUGCCCUAGUUACCCCAUAACCAUGGACUAGAGACCCUGCAGGCCUCACCCUCUGGCCUCCCAGAGCCACCCUGGACCUCGUGUGUGUGGGGGGGGGAGCGGCUCUCCCUGGGGAUAGGGAGAUGUGUGGAGGCGGCCCCUCUGUGGGGCACAGACGUGUUGGCACGCCGGCCACGACCAGUGACUGGCUCCCCUCCAGGGCUGCUGGGCAAGCCCUGAGCUGUGUUCAGUCUGGAAGGUAAAGCCCGUGGCAGAGA